AUGUGUACCCUAUUUAUCUAUAGCACGACAUUUAGAGGUUGAAUUUAAAAAAUCCUUUCCUAGUGCUCGGCUACAUUGUACAAGGAACAUCUGUGUAAAAUUUGAAAUAUAUACCCAUGGACAGGGUGUGCGUUAAUUAGUUAACAAUGUAAACCCAGUAAAUAAUAUAUACUCAUCUUCUUUAGUAUUUCCUGCAAUAUCCUCAAUUUGAUGACCAUCUUCAAUCAUGUAAGCACUGGUGGUCUUGUAUUAUUUGAUAUUUGAGCUCCUAUGGCCUACGCGAUGCUUAUAUUUAUAUUAAAGCUUAUUACUUAAUAUUAUAUUGUACUGGACCCCUCUCUUUGCUUUCACAGUACUGUGAUAAGUAUUAACAGUUUACGGUUAGUCAAAACUUUUAACUUAGGUAAAAGAUUGUUCACUGUGUUUGUUUGUAGAAAAUCACAAUAAAUGGCAAACUUUAAACUGGUAUUUACUUUUGAUAAGUUACUACAGACAAUGUACAGCUAUUAAUUUUUAAUAAUUUUCUAUUAUCAACUGUAGCGUAAACGUAAAUACUGCCAAUAUUUUUGCUAGCAAAAUUUAAGGGUGAAAGGGUACGUCGGUAAGUCAAACCAUUUCAAAAAUUAUUUUUCGGUUAUUAUGCUAAAAUUAUGAAGCAAAUUAUGAUACUUUAUCAUUACGAAACCUUGGAAUAAUCAAAUAUUUAAAUUUAUGUGCUUUAGUUUAUAAUAUAAAUAACACUUAAAGUUAGGUUAUAAAAGUUCAGCAGUUCUCAAAUGUCGACCCACUGCCCUAGGAAAAAAAUUUUAAACGAUUUAGAAACAGCGGUCGCGGAAAGUCUGAAAGGAAUUAUUUUAACCAACCCAAAUGUUGUUACAUUAAAUUUUGGUCAAAUAUUACUAAUUAGAGAUUAUGCGCACACUAAAAAAGUGAUUAUUGUUUCUGGUGGAGGUGCCGGUCAUGAGCCAAUGUAUGCUGGUUUUGUUGGAAAUGGAAUGUUGAGUGCAGCCAUUCACGGCGAAAUAUACACUUCACCACCAGCAAGUGAAAUUUUUCGAUUAUUACAAGAAUUAUCAUUUCAUAGCAGUAGAGGCAUUCUUUUAAUUAUUCCAAACUAUUCUGGAGAACGUCUACAUUUCGCCCUGGCGGUAGAAAGGGCCAAAAAUGAAGCGAUUCCCGUUAAGAUCCUAAUAGUGGACGAUGAUUGUUACCAAGGAAAGCCGUGGAAAGGAAGAUGCGGCUUGAGUGGUAUUGUUCUGGUGCAAAAAAUCGCUGGUGCAAUGGCAGAAGCAGAUUUAGAAUUAACAGAAAUAUUUCCUUUCUGUGAAAAGGUUGUUAAAAAAUUACAUUCUAUUUCUGUUGUUGUCCAAAAACCUACUCCUGUUCGCGGCAAAUGCGUUUGCAUUUUCGAAGAACAAAAUGUUGUGAUAGAAUUUGGUGCUAGUUUGAAUGGUGAGCCUGGCAUAAAAAAAGAACUUGACAGUGCCACGGAAAUUUGUCGGUACCUCCUGGACGAAAUAACAUCUCCACAAGUUGGGAAUCCCAUUGAAUUUAAAGAGGACGAGUCUGUCGUGGUUUUGGUGAAUAAUUUGGGAACGUCAACGGCUAUUGAAGAACUUGUUUUCACGAAGGAAUUACUAAGUCAAUUGUAUGAAAGAAAAGUUAAAAUUGAUAGGGUUUAUAAGGGCAAAUUUGUGUCGUCUUUGGAUACUGCAGGUUUUUCUGUGACAUUUUUAAAAGUGUUUGACAAGCGUGUAAUUGAAUAUUUGGAUGCGCCAUGCCAAGUUCCAGCUUGGGGAAAUCUGAACAAUUUUACAAUUUCCCCGAAACUUGAUCGGGUCAUAUGCGCGAAAAUUAAACCUUCGACCGCUCCCGUUCCUCAAGUGGGACCGAAAUUUACGGAAAGUGGUUCCAAUACUGUUAUGAUGGUUCUGCAAUUUGCUUGUGACGCUUUAUACUCAUGCGAAAAACAGCUGAAUACAAUUGAUCAUGAAACUGGUGACGGAGACGCAGGAACCAGAAUACGAAGGGGAAUGGAAGCCAUCGAUGUUGCCAUUAAAACCGAAAAAAUUAAUUUACUUUAUCCCUAUACAAUGCUCGCCAUGUUAAGUAAGAUUAUCGAAAAGGAUUUGGAAGGACCGUUAGGCAUGAUUUACAGUGUGUUUCUUGAAGCUGGCUCAAACGUGUUUCGAAUAACUCCUGAUACUGAACCCAUUACUCCUAAAUUAUGGUCAAAAGCUCUCAUGGAGGGGGCGUCAGCAGUUAAAAGGUGUCUUACAACAGAAGCAGGUUGUCGGACAAUUUAUGAUCCACUUUAUGUUUGUUCCACCUUAUUGGAAAAUGGUUUGGAUCUAGUAGGAAUAUCGGCUAUGGAAGCAGUGGGAGUUUCCAUUUCUGCGGCAGAAGAAGCUGCCCAAAAGACUAAAAUGCCGUACGCUAAAUAUCCAGAUCCAGGAGCACAUUCAGUCGCAAUUUGGAUGAGAGCAGUCUUAGAAGGACUCAAAUGUAGAUGGAUUGAAGAUUGAGCUAUUAUCUUAUUUACCCUUAUCUGUAUCAUAUUAUAUCGAUAUGCAAUAUUUAACUUUAUUAAACAAUAAAGAUGCACGGGCUUAUACUUA